ACCUAAAGUCAGAAACAUUUCAGAUAUCAAGAACAGAAAAAAGCACUAAAUAUAUGAGUGUACAAAUGAUGGCUGAUAUAUGAAGACAGCAAGUUAACAGCCCAAAGCUAACAUUCAAAAACAAAGGCACCAAGCAGAUCAUUAGCUCAGUCACAUGACCGACAGUCCCAACCAGUUCAACACAUUACCAGCAUUGUUAAAAAUGCUUUCAGUAAUGAGAGAAAAGGCCUUUCUAAAGCCUCUAAGGUACUCAGCCCCCUGAAAAAUGGGCAUAACCUCAGCUUUCUAUAGAGUCAAUGGUAGUUGUUGCAAGGUAAGGGGUUCUCUGAAGGGGCCCGCCUAGUCUUUACAGCUAGUUGGGUAUAAAAAGAAAGGGUUAACCCAGGUAGGUACACAGUUCAGGAGCAGCACCAGCAACUCAACAACAGCCAACAUGAGCAACACCGGCAUGAACAUGAGGGGAAAGAUCAUCUUCUACGAGGAGAAGAACUUCCAGGGUCGCUCCUACGAGUGUCUGAGCGACUGCGCUGACAUGACCUCCUACCUGAACAGGUGCCACUCCUGCAGGGUGGAGAGCGGCUGCUUCAUGGUGUACGACCGCACCAACUUCAUGGGAAACCAGUACUUCAUGAGGAGGGGCGAGUACGCCGACCACAUGAACAUGAUGGGAAUGAGGGACUGCAUUAGGUCUUGCCGUAUGAUCCCCAUGCACAGGGGUCAGUUCAGGAUGAAGAUCUUCGAGAGGGAGAACUUCAGCGGUCAGAGUCACGAGCUGAUGGACGACUGCGACAACAUCAUGGAGCGUUUCCACAUGUCCGACUGCAUGUCCUGCAACGUGACGGACGGCCAGUGGCUGAUGUUCGAGCAGCCCCACUUCAGGGGAAAGAUGAUGUACCUGAGGCCCGGCGAGUACAGGAGCUACAGAGAGAUGGGAAUGAGCGGCACCAGGUUCAUGAGCAUGAAGCGCAUCAUGGACUCCUGCUAAAUGUUUCAAAUGUUCACUGAAUGGAUAAAAGCAGCAAAAUAAAGAACUGUCUGCACUA